CUCCGGGGUAUGCGAGCCGCUCCGCUGGCACUACGUGGGCCACUAGCCGUGGAGGCCUCCUUCCUCUGACGAGGAAUUUUUGGUUGCUAAAGUCUCCUCGUAGAGGAGCCAGGCCCCACGCCAGUGGCUCUCCCCGAGCAGGGGCCAGCGGAGCGGCUUACCCCCCCACCUAGACCUAGAUCUAGUCCUUCCCCACGGGGUCUACGAGCCGCUCCACUGGCACUCCGUGGGCCACUAGCCGUGGUGGCCUCCUUCCUCAGGCGAGGAAUUUUGGUUGCAAAAGUCUCCUCGUAGAGGAGCCAGGCCCCACGCCAGUGGCCCUCCCCGGGCAGGGGCCAGCGGAGCGUCACACAUACACCCCGUAAGGUGAACCCAGACCCCACUACACUCGCUCUACAAGCCCUCCCACCCCCUUCUGUUCAACUCUACCGUCCUCCUUACUGCCACCUUACAACGAAGGGGGAACAGCAACCCGUCCUGCAUACACCGCACUCUUUUGUUCUGAGAAGAUUUCGCAAUUCCGCCUGCACACACUCACUGUGGGUUUGGGGUUCGGCCAUCGCCGGCGGCCGGGCCAUUCCUCGACGCAUCUAUGACCGAAUCAUGCCCGCCGCGCUAUCGGAUCGCUAUCAGGUUGAUUUGUGAGGGUGUCCGUUAUCGCGAAUUUUGUACUGCGAGGUAGCGAGCGCGAUCGCGAGCGCCCAGCGCCCAGCACCAGUGGGCGGCGGCGGCGGCGGCCGACGCCCCGGGCGUCCUGGCGACCUGGGCUCUUUAUAUAAGACGGGCCAAAUCCCCUCCCCGGUUCUCUGUGGGGGACCCCCCCAUCCUGGACUCUCUUUAUACACACACACAAAAGACAUGUCCGUAACCGUAGUCUCAGAAAAGGAGUUCCACGACCAGAUCGUGUGCAACUACACCGACGUCAUUGGCGAGAAGCUUGGGGGAAAGGUGUUGAAGUUCUCGGACGAAUGGUUUGCUGCCGCCGACAACUUGAUCAAGCCAAAGGCUCCCAUCCGUGAUGCCACCCGUUUCACCGACGCAGGCGCCUGGUACGACGGUUGGGAAACCCGUAGACACAACACUGAGCCCGCCGAUUGGGUCACCUUCCGUGUUGGUGUUGCCCUGGCCACUGUGGUUGGAUGUGAAGUUGACACUGCCUUUUUCAACGGGAACCACGCGCCGGCCAUCUCCGUCGAGGCUGCUACUGUUUCCUCUGGUGAGGAUGAAAUCCCUGAAUCAGCUUGGGAGACCGUCAUUGCCCAUACCGAAUGUGGACCUUCUCAACGUCACUUCUUUGUCCGUACUGAUGGUGCCACCACUGCUGCUUACACCCAUGUCCGGUUGAAGAUGUACCCGGAUGGAGGGAUUGCCCGGUUCCGUCUCUAUGGGACUGUCGUCCCCGUUAGACCUCAGGACACAUCCGCCGUGUUGGACUUGGCCUCCGUGAAGAACGGUGGGGUUGCCGUCCGUUACCUGGACCAACACUUUGGGUCUGCCGAUAACUUGCUUCUCCCCGGCCGUGGCCACGACAUGUCCGACGGAUGGGAAACCAAACGGUCGCGUGAGCCGGGCCAUGUGGACUGGGUGGUGAUCCGUCUUGGAGCCCCCGCCACGGUGCUGUCGGUGGUGGUUGACACCGCACAUUUCAAGGGGAACUUCCCACAACAGGUGAACAUCAAGGGGGUUUCCGCUGCGUCGGACGCCGCCGUUCCCGCGGCAGACAGCGCCGAUUGGACCGAGCUCGUGGGCAACUCAAAGACCGGUCCACAUCAAGAACACAAGUUCGACGUGCCGGCCUCCACCAAGGUUUACACGCACGUGUUGUUGACCAUCAUCCCGGACGGUGGGGUCAAGCGGGUCAGAGUUUUCGGUACCAUUGCCCAGUAGGACUCGCUCCCCGCCACCCGCGUUCCUCUUCUUACAUAGUCAAAAUACAGCCAGAUAGUUGGUAAUC